CGGUUACGUUUUUUAAUGGACGCUUAUGUUUUUAUUGGUUGCAGAACACCAGAGCAGGUGCCGAAUGUCGUGUCGCUGCUCGCCGAAUCCUACAACCCACACGUGCGCUAUGGAGCUGCGAUGGCGCUUGGUAUCUCGUGCGCAGGAACAGGCAACAAGGACGCACUUAGUCUACUGGAGCCGAUGGCAAACGACUCAGUGAAUUACGUUCGCCAGGGUGUGCUUAUCGCCUCCGCACUCAUCCUAAUACAGCAGAAUGAGAACACUUGUCCGAAGGUGAAACACUUCAGAGAUCUGUACACGAAGAUCAUAGUUGACAAGCACGAAGACGUGAUGGCAAAGUACGGAGCGAUCAUAGCCCAGGGAAUCCUCGACGCAGGACUGUAA